GAAAUAACAAAUCAAUUUUUUAUCUAGACUACAUCGCUGUACGAUCAUUAAUUGUAAGUCAAUUGCUAUUUGUCGAGGCUCAGUCAUUAAGCGGAAGCGAGAGGAGAGAAACGACUACAGUAUAUACUUCAUACAUUUCGUCAUACAUAUAGUACAGUUGGGUGAAGAGCCCCCACUCUCAAGUGAAUAACUUCAAAUUGGCUAGUACAGCCUGCUAAGAAGCAUAUAGUCUUGGAAGUUCUCGACCAGCUUCCCAACAUCUUCUGAAAACAACUGUCUUCUGAUUCUCAAGAUAAAUACCUCCUACCACCAAUUCAAACAUGGGAACCGCAAACCCCCCUCGAAAAAUUCUUUUCCUGACAAAUAGCGAGUAUGGCCAAAGUAACGUGGUCUUCGCAACUGCCUAUGAACUUAUCCUCAACAACGUAGAGGUUCAUAUCGCCUCCUUUGAAGCUCCUGCUGUUGCGAAAGAAGUCUCUGAUAUCAUCGAUUAUGGAAACUUUCGUUCCCCCAUUCGAACCCGCGUUGAUGAAUUGAAUGCUGGCGAGUAUGGCCCAAUCCCGCCUGGUAGUAUCAAAGCAGUUUUUCAUCCGAUCGAUAGUCCGGGCAUGGUGGAGAAACUCGCGUCAGUGGCUCCUGAUCAGGAAGCUAUGCGUCAUGGGGUUGGAUUCCGAGAGGCGUGGAGAAUCUAUGCUAAGAUUCCGAGUGUUUUGUCUUCUUAUACUCCUGAUGAGUAUGUGAAGGGUGUUCAUUCUUGUGUUGAAAUUAUCGAGAAGGUUAAUCCAGACGGCGUUGUUGUGGAAAAGCUUUGUGCACAGGGCUUCGAUGCUUGUGCUAUCUUGGGAAAGAAAACUAUGAGUAUUACUCCUAAUAGUUUCAAAGAUACUUUGGCUCAAGCUCAACCGAAUGGCUUUGCACUGUGGGGUGUAGCUGCUGAUUGUUCUGGCUAUAACUUUCCACUUCCAUGGUAUCUUAUUCCAUUGAACAUUAUCCUCAUGAUUCGUCUCAUUAUCAUCGUCAUCACAUCUCCAAACAUCAAAUCUAUCGAAGCUGGACGCAAAAAUGCAAACAUUCCCGGCCAAUAUCCAUUCUUUGUUCCGUACUCCAGAGAUGUUCAUUACUUGCUCCCUACAGGACGAGAGUUUGAUCUCAAGCUUCCAUACAUUCCCGAGAAUGUGACGACCUGUGGACCCCUCACCAUACCCUCCUAUCCACUCUCUCAAACCGAUCCAGAACUUUUAGAAUGGCUGAAGAAAAAGCCUACCGUCCUUAUCAAUCUUGGAUCACAUGUAUACGGAAGCAAAGAAUUCAACCGCAACAUCGCCGCCGCAAUCCGCAUCCUCCUCUCCAAAAACCCAUCCAUCCAAGUUCUCUGGAAGCUCAAGCCUAUAUCUCCAGGUCCCGAUCCCGCCAUCACCGAGAUCCUCGCACCGAUCGCCUCGCAAGUGAAACUCGUACCUUGGCUCAAAGCAGAACCAAUAUCUAUUCUUCGCUCAGGUCACAUCGUCGCAUCUGUUCAUCACGGCGGCGCGAAUUCGUACUACGAAAGCGUUGAGACUGGAACUCCGCAAUUGGCAUUACCGUGUUGGUUUGAUACGUAUGAUUAUACGGAGAAGAUGGAGUUUUUCGGUAUUGGUGUUUGGGGAAGUAAGGGGUGUGCACCUGGUGUUGAGGGAGGAGAAUUGGGAAAUGCGUUGAUUAAAGUUACGGAAGAUAGUUCAAUCAAGCAGAAAGCAAAGGAAAUGGGAGAGUUGGUUAAUAACAAGUAUGGAGGUCGAAGAGAUGCUGCGAGGAAGAUAUUGGAGUUAGUUGAGGGGGAGUUCGGUUUGCAGAAGAAGCUAUGAUAGACUCUGUUGGAUAUUAAAACGAGCAGUUCUGGAGAUUGGAAAGGAUAGGUGGAGGGAAGGGAAGGGGACGAAGGUAUGGAUUGAAGAAUCUAUAUGCACAUGUUUGUGUUCGCGGCUGACGCCAUGCAUGAUACUACCAGAUCUUCCAAAUGGAGAGGGGUCUCAGGAAAGCUUUUAAAAUCUCAAUUUAGCUUUGUUGAACAUUCAGGAUACCUUUAGGAGGCAAGAUGUACAAAAAUACUCAUCUCAUCUAAUCUAUUUUUAUAAGAAACAGAAUUCUCCUCGAAACCUCAAUGCAGUGCAAACCGCCACAUUCCGACAAAAGUGUAAAUCGUAUUCCCACAUCGUGAAUCUCAUCGUACCAUCUCACCUCGCACAACACAACAUACAACGCACAUCUCACCUCGCACACAUCCAUCAUACACUCCCUCCUAGCCCAGCCCAGCCCAGCCCAGCCCAAUCCACCUCAACCCCCAAACUCCAACCCAACCGACCUUUUUCUUCUGCCACAGAAUCGUACAAAUACAAAUACAAAUACAAAUACAAUUUUUUCCACA